UUGGCGCGAAGAGGGUCUCUUCACUCGAAAUUAGACAAGAAAAUGCCACCGAAAGCCCCUGGUGCCAGCAAAGGCUCGAAAAAGGCAAUCUCCAAGUCCACCAAGCCACCGGGCGACCGAAAGAGGAAACGAAGAAGGAGAGAGAGCUACGGCAUCUACAUAUACAAAGUAUUGAGGCAAGUUCAUCCAGAUACUGGCAUUUCGAGUAAAGCCAUGUCAAUCAUGAACAGUUUUGUCAAUGACGUGUUCGAGCGGAUUGCUGCCGAGGCCUCGAGACUGGCGACCUACAACAAGCGUUCUACAAUCAGUAGCCGAGAGAUUCAGACGGCGGUGCGCCUGCUGCUUCCCGGAGAACUGGCAAAACACGCUGUUAGUGAAGGAACCAAGGCCGUGACCAAAUACACGAGUGCUACAAAGUGAGGAAAUUCGGGUGGCGGAUUUAACGGGGUGAUGUUUCUCGAUUAUUCGUGAUUGAACAGUUCGAAACUGUGUGAAUUAAUUAUACAGACUACUGACAAAAUGAUGUUUGAAGUGUUGUUCUAUGUCAGAAACGUGUUUUGUUGAAAUUCACUGUAUCUAUGUUUGAACAAGUUUGAGUUGCACUAUUUUAUACUUUUGUUGAAUAUAGACAUUUACAUCAG